UAUUUGUAGAUCCGGCACACCUGUGUCUGAGGUUUUACUCGUCCUUCCUACUGUCACAUGGUCUUCCACUGAAAACCUGCCUCAGGUGGUCGUUUGAUGUUUGCAGUGUAGACAGGUUGUUUACUUCAUUUGACAUCCUUCAGAACCUAGUGCGGGAUUACCUGUGUUCAGUCUCCAGCUGCAGUGAAAAAUGCCGAAAAUUUUCGACCAACAAAAUCCAGGUGAAAGUCUGGACGAGUUCUCACAGAGGCAGGUGUCAACAACAGAAUCGGAGAGAAGGAGGUUGGAGGGAGAAGUAGACAGAUUUGUGAAAUAUCUUCACGAGCAGCCAUUCAGAUCGCCAUACUCUGUGAAGGAGGUGAUAAAGAGUGGCUCACUGGGCAAGGGCACUGCAGUACGAAAUCGGGUUGACAUCGACCUUGUCGUCUUCGUCAACGGCCUGACCAGCAUCGACCACUUAGAGACAGCAAGGCCUGAGCUACUGGCUGAUCUGGAGGAGACACUGAGACAGUCAGCCAGGAUCCAGCCAAUAUCCAGAACCCGCUUCUCCUUGAAAUACAACUGGAACGACAUCGAAGUUGACAUCCUUCCCGCUGUUGAUGUCUUGUCAUUGUACGGGUCACCGAGUAAGGUCUAUGAGGUCAUGGGACGGUACGGGUCAGCAGGUCAUGCAGCCCAGCAGUUCUCAGCUUCUCUGGCACAGCUACAGCGUGACUUCGUGAAGGAUGUCCCGGAGCAUGUCAAGAAGGCGAUUCGCCUCGUGAAGUUGUGGAAGAAGGAAAACCAUCUGGACAUCCGGUCCUACAGUCUGGAGCUACUGACCAUCUAUGUCUGGCAAAUAGCUGGUAAGGGAAAUCCAGGCACUGACUACCUCUUUUGUGAGGUGAUGAGUCAGCUGUCUACCUGUGGUACCCUCCGUGUGGCCUUUGAUGUUAACUACAACAGCUCCUUCUACAUCAGAAGCAUGUCGUCGCCGUACAUUAUGGACCCAGCUAACCCCUACAUGAACACACUCCACAGGACGUCCAUUGGCGCCACCUCGGAAAGUGCCAUGAAAGUCCACAGAUGCCUCACCCCUCAGUUUUGGAGCUUGUCGCACGUGGACUGUUCCAGACCAGUAAAGAAAUGAAGUAUUUCAAAUGAACUCUCUGAAGCAUUUUACGAUAUAUCACAAACACAGAGCCUUACGAAAAAGAGAUGUUUAAUCACAAACAGUUUAAUUAAUAAUUAAAUUAGUAAUUGUUAUAUUGGUGUCAAGGCAUCGGCAUUUAACUUCAUAUGAUACAGACUGUAAGUUUUACUUAUUUCUUGCAAAUUUAUAUUACCGCUUAUAGUUUGGUUUUGUAGCACCUGGGUUUUCUAUUUGUGUAACCUUAAUAUAAGACUUUUAAUAUUUGUUGUUAUGCUUCGUAUGCUUUCUGCUUCUUACUAUCUACAUUAGUACUGUAUAUCAUUCGGGAAACAUUCAUAUUUUAUUUUGUAUUAUUUUGUACCGCUCCCUUAGAAACUCAAAUUCUUUUAAUAAAUUUGUAUUUUACAGAGUGAUUUAAGUGCACGUGACAAACAGAAUGUACAAAGAAUUAUCAACGAUUUAUAAAUGCAUUAAAUAAUGCAAUUAUUUCUAAAUUCAGGGAUAACAUUAUCUUCUGGUUUUGUGGUUUUUAUUUUUAUUAAAUAGCAUGAAGCACAUGUCGGUUGUUAUCCGAACAAAUUUGUGCUCAAAUUCCACGAACAUACUGUCUACAUUUCACUCAGUAAUGUCAGCUGUGUAAUGACAGCAACUUGCUUGGCUGUCUCCUUCCUUCUCUUCCAUCUCCUGUAGCCAUUCUUUCUAGCUUCCAUCUCUCUAUCUCUCUCGUUCACUCCUCAUCAUGUGUGUGUGUGGGGGGGGAGAUGUUCUUUCAUCGCUUUGUGCAACAAUAAUAUAUCAGAACAUUUGUAAUUCUCACCUGCAGAAAUUUUUCUCAUUUGAAACCUUAUUAACAGCUUUUACUCUGAUAUUCAUGUCUUUGGGGAAUCGCUUAAAGUGUUUGGUAUUAUAUUUAAUAUUCAAGUUCAUGGAAUAAAUUUUUGUGCAACUGUA